AUGGCAUCUACAGGGCAGGCCGCCGAGCUCCAGAGCGUGAUCGCGCUAGUGAAGACGUUGACCAACGCUCAGCUCAAAGAUAUUUUGAGGAGCGAGGGUCUCACGGUGUCGGGGGUCAAACUCUCGCUUCAGUUGCGCAUCAUUGACUAUCUCGAGAGACUCUAUCAAGGGGGCCAGGUAGAUCGCUAUGAUCGUCUUAAAAAGUUCAUAUAUUCUUUAACCAACCGCUCCAUGCCCAAUACUCCAACAACAUACUCCAGCCAUCAAUAUCACCAUCAAUCUGCUCCACACUCUACGACUACGCAGAGCAGACCAUCUUUGGGUUCAGCAAUGCCCUCUCAGCCUUUUUCGACGGGACGACUCACAUUCAAAGAUAGCCCAUUCUACACAAUUCUAGAACCUCUCACUUCGACAGUCGAAUGCAAAGUGCGCGAGCACACAAGAGACACUGUGGAGUUAAAAGUCGUUCUUAAUGCCAAUGUUGCCGCGAGACUUCAGUCAGAUCCAAACCUUCGUGUAAUGGUUUACUGUGCGGCUGAUAACGGCCUAAACCAGUUUUCCAAAUCCGAUAUCGCCUUUCCUCAUCAAGUUGAACUGAAGGCAAAUCUUGACGAGGUGAAGGCUAAUCUGAGGGGACUUAAGAAUAAGCCCGGCACCACGAGGCCAGCGGAUAUAACGAAUUAUAUUCGCAAGAAGCCAGGGUAUCCAAACAAUGUUGUCAUGACAUAUGCUCUCACACAGAAGAAAUUCUUUGUGCUUGUCAAUCUCGUUCAACGGCAUACGGUUGACGAGUUAGUAGCUGAGUUAAAAGCAAGAAAGACCAUCUCCAAGGAGCAGGUGUUACGAGAAAGAUUGAGGUUCCUUGUCGAUCCGUGGUCUGUACGCAUAACCAGUGUUUUGAUGCCUCGUCCUUUCUUCAAUUGCAAGAACAAGCCCCAACCUGGACAUGCCCUGUGUGCAGCAAAGCUACGAGUUUCGAAUCUCUGCAAAUCGAUCAGUAAGGCGACUUCCCUUCAACGCGUCACGGUCCAGGCUAACUUCGUAGAACAAGUCACUAUUGAGCCCAACGGCAAUUGGUACAGCACCAAGAAUGGAGACCGUUCGAGAACAGAUGAUGUUGCUACAAGUCCAGACGACGAUGACCUAAUAGAGAUUAAAAAGUCAGACAGACCAUAUCUCAAGCAUGAACAGCCAUUCGAAUAUAAAGCGCUUCAGCAGACGCCAUUAUCACACGAGACUUCGGGAGGGUCAUCUGCUAAUCGUCGAUCGAGCAGCAAAAGACCCGCUCCCGAAGUCAUAGAUCUCACAGGGAGUGACGACGACGAUACUCCGUCCAGGCCUACAAAACGGCAAGCCUUCGAUGACAGGCUUCUCUCACAUCGUGCAUCUCAGAAUUCCUUUGGCGGAAACUCAAAUAAUACAAGUCUCAACUUUCCUGGCCACGAUAGUUCUCAAUCUCCUGGGCAGGUACCCCCUUACUACGACACGUGA